AUGGCUGACAUGUUCGAGACGGAGUUGGCGAGUGUAAAUUCAGUUGUCGCUGCACCGUCGACGGACAAGAGCGCAUUGACUCAGCCGCCGCACCAGCAACAAGAUGAUCAGAUACAACAACCGCAGCAGCAGCAGCAGCAGCAGCAACAACAACAACAACCACCCCAACUCAACCCUCAACAACGCGUUCCCGAAACCAGAGACCCGUCCGAGUCCAUCUUUCCGCCCCUGCACAACAGUGCCGGCGCCGAUGCCGAGUCGAUUGCCUCGGGUGCCUCAGCCCCUUCUCGGGCAGGCGGCGGCGGAGUGGGCCAUGAUAAUGAUGAGGACGAGCCAGCGAUUGCCCGACCCUUCCUCCGCACCUCGAGCCCCGACCAGGGCAUGCGGUUAGGCCUGGGAAAGCUUGUUGAGGAUGAUGACGAUGAAGGGCGAAUCACCUGCAGCAGUGGACCGAUCCCGUGGUCGCCGAGGUCCAAGCAGCAAAUGCACAAGUUCAGCCUGUACGAGACGGCAAGCCGCUUCUACAUUGUCGGCGGCGACGUGAGCGAGAAGCGCUACCGCAUACUCAAGAUUGAUCGCACCGAUAACGACGACGUUUCCGAACUGAGCAUCACCGAUGACAAGACCGUCUACACCCAGAAGGACAUGAACCAGCUGCUCGACACCAUCGACGACGGCAACAAGGGGACUGGCGGCUUGAGGCUGCGGUGCACCACAUGGGGCUUGCUGGGCUUUGUCAAGUUCACGGGUCCUUACUACAUGCUGCUGAUCACCAAGAAGAGCACCGUCGCCAUGAUCGGCGGCCACUAUGUCUACCAGAUCGAUGGCACCGACCUCAUCCCCCUGACAUCGCCCAGCUUCAAGAUGGACCAGCGCAAUAACACCGAGGAGUCGCGCUUCCUGGGUAUUCUUAACAACCUGGACCUGACCCGUUCCUUCUACUACAGCUAUUCCUACGACCUCACCCACACGUUGCAGCACAAUAUUACCCGCGAGAGAACAGUCCUGAUGGAAGGCCGCCCUUUCUCGGCCGACGACAACCACUUCAACUCCAUGUUCGUCUGGAACCACCACCUGCUCCAGCCGGCCGCCAAGGCCCUCAAUGCGCCCUUCGACUGGUGUCGCCCCAUCAUCCACGGCUACAUCGACCAGGCCGCCGUGUCCGUCUACGGCAGGACCGCCCACAUCACCAUCAUUGCCCGACGCAGUCGCUUCUUUGCCGGCGCGAGGUUUCUCAAGAGAGGAGCCAACGACCUGGGCUAUGUGGCCAACGACGUCGAAACGGAGCAGAUCGUGUCCGAAGCCCUGACCACCUCCUUCCACGCGCCGGGCCCCAAGUUCUUUGCCAACCCGACCUACACGUCGUACGUGCAGCACCGUGGCUCCAUCCCGCUGUAUUGGACGCAGGACAACACGGGCGUCACGCCGAAGCCUCCGAUCGAGCUGAACUUGGUGGACCCCUUCUACACGGCAGCCGCCCUCCAUUUCGACAACCUGUUUGAGCGGUACGGCGCUCCUAUCUACAUCUUGAACCUGGUCAAGGCUCGCGAGCGGACGCCGCGCGAGAGCAAGCUGCUGGAAGAGUACACCCGUGCUAUCGCCUACCUGAACCAGUUCCUGCCGGCCGACAAGAAGAUCAUCUACCGGGCGUGGGACAUGUCACGCGCUGCCAAGAGCCGCGAUCAAGACGUAAUCGGCACGCUUGAGGGCAUUGCAGAGGACGUCGUUCGCACAACAGGCUUCUUCCAAAAUGGCGACGGCCACACCACGCCCAUCCGUGUGCAGAACGGCGUGGCGCGCACGAACUGCAUUGAUUGCUUGGACCGGACGAACGCGGCCCAGUUCGUCAUUGGCAAGCGAGCCCUUGGGCACCAGCUUCACGCCCUCGGCAUCCUGGGAGACACCACAAUAGAGUACGAUACUGACGCUGUCAAUCUGUUUACUCAUAUGUACCACGACCAUGGCGACACCAUCGCCGUGCAGUAUGGCGGGUCACAGCUCGUCAACACCAUGGAGACGUACCGCAAGAUCAACCAGUGGACAAGCCACUCGCGUGACAUGAUUGAGAGCUUCAAGCGCUACUACAACAACUCGUUUCUCGACGGCCAACGCCAAGAGGCGUACAACUUGUUUCUCGGCAACUACAUAUUUGCCCAAGGCCAGCCCAUGCUGUGGGAUCUCGCCACCGACUACUAUCUCCACCACGAAGACCCCCGGACAUGGCUGGAGAAACGGAAGCGUGACUACAUUCACUGGUACACUCCCGAGUUUUUGAAAGAACGGGAACUCCCAGCGUACCCGCCUAUCCCGCCGGCCGCACGCCGCAAAUCGAUUUCGGCGUACGACGACUACUGGCUGGAGUACUACCGCCCAGCCACGCUCUCCUCGUUUCCCAAGAUGUUCCCUUACAAAAUGAACUCGACCAUCAAGUACAUACCCUUCAAAGCGACCCAAGACGGCCGCUACGAUCUCAGUCCCUUCCGUGUGCGCAACGAGACCGACAGCGACGCCCACAGCAGGAAGAAGGGCAAAAAGGAAGUGACCAUUGUCGCACCGCACGACCUGGACCGCAUCGCUGAUGACACUGAGACGACGUCGUCAUCCAUCAACGAGAAGGCCCAGCCUCCCACGCCCACCAGCGCCAACGCGCGCAUGUCGCUCCAUCGCUGGCUGCAUGAAAAGAACCAGCCCAACGGAGCCCACCAUCGCCGUCACUCCAGCUUGACCAAAGACUCAGCUCCUUUCACCCACACCCACAGCCGCAACAACAGCGCAGACGAAGCCACGCCCGCCGCCUCCCCCAGCCACCUCCACCACCAUCACCACUUCCACCACCAUCACCACUUCCACCACCACCAUCAAAGUCCUAAUAGUCAUCACCUCGAAACACAUCACAUAAACGACAACUCGGCGACGACCGACAAAGACGGCAACAAGCCGCACCAGACCGCCCUGGAAAAGUCGCGCGCUGCCCAGCAGACCUUCACCCAGGUGGUGCACGACUCGCUCAACCCGACCGUCAGCGCGGCCGAGGCGGCCGACUACGCCCGCUACGUCUCGCACCCACACAACCUCCCGCUCGUCGCCGUCUCGUCGUUGUCGUCCGAGUGCGAGGGCGCCCCUGUGGACGAGAUCGAGCCCGAGUAUCUCGAGUUUGUGCGGGGCCGGUGGAGGGAGGAAGGGUUAGGUGGAUUGGAGCUGCUCGGGUUGUCGUCUUCGUCGUCGCCACCGCCGGCCCCUGCUACGGUAGAUGGUGGGCGUUUGUCUGGUGUGAGGGCUGGGACGGAUGGUGGUGGUAAUGGCGCAGGCGGAGGGGAUGCGAGGCGGGAAGAGGCGGGGGUGAAUGGGGGGAGCAGUGGCGCGGAGGAGGAUAGUGAUCGGGCGUUGUAUGCCGAGACGGUGAAGGUGCCGGAGAACCCGCUGACUGUCACGGAGGAGGACCAGCUCAAAAAGAGGUACAAGGCCUAUCGGAAGUGGUUGAGGGGGAAGAGCUUGUUUAAGCAGACGCCGGUCGACUAG